UGGCUGGUGGCUGCUGCUGCUGCUGCUGCUGCUGCUGUUGGGGCAGAGAGUAUAUUCCGCGAGAGCGACACCUCUGAGCCGUAUUUCGUCGCUGUAAGUCGAAGUGAGCGGACGUGUUUUGCUUGCCUCCCGAGGCCUAUCUUGUGCCCCAAGACAUUUCAUUCACGACGCUUGGAGUUUACUAUUAUCUACUGCUGCAUCGCCAGUGCGCCCAAUCCUGACGUCUUGCGACCUAUGUACGAGAAGUUAUAACCAGUGUCAUUUUGGAUGCGCUAAAUUUGUGGUUUCUUUUAUUCUGUAAAGCAGCGGAAAGAUAAUUAACAUAAAGAAACCUGCUUUACCCAAGCAGGUGGCGGAGGGGGAUUGUGGAUAAUCUAUGAGUGGUCUUUUUGAUUGAUAAUUAUAUUAACAACACACAUGAAUUUAUAAUAAAAAAAAACAAAAGUUGUGCCGUGUUUUUACUGACCGAUGGAAGUGGACUACUUGAGUAGCUGCCGACAAAAAGUACAGUGAAAGCAUGAAGUUAUUAGUCCCUAAGUGUGUCCAUCGUUUCUGUUCUGAGUUUAGUCUCGAUCGCUGCAAAUAUAAAACCAGUGUCACUUCUUCUCUCGAGGUCAGACCCGCACCACAUUUACCAGCUAAAUGUGGCGGCCCGUGGAAUAAAUGAUCUAUAUUAGAUUGACAUAUUGUGCUAUUAUCCUGCUGGUGCUGCUGUUCGUGGUAAGGACUUGAGAAAUUGGCUCAGCAAUGGGGGUAGGUGAGCCGUACAGGUUUUUCGCUUCUUCUGCGCAAUCGGAUGUCUGCCUUUCUCUCAGAUAUCGGAAAACUCUGACGGCAUGCUGCAAUGAGACGGACCCAAUGCAGAUGAUCCACGUCACGACGACAGGGGUUUCGAAAGGCAUCUUCCACACAAUCGAAGGAAACAGAAUAUUGUGCUACGACACCAGAAGAGGGAGAUUUAAAGCCAUGAAAAGGUCGGCAUUUAAAGGCAUCGAAAGGUGUCGGCACCCGAAGAGUCGGAGGAAACACAAGAACAAAACCAACCCCGGGAGGACCAAGGACUGCAUCUUCACCAACAGCGAUAAGGAGUUCUUCAAGAACACCAAGAGCAACAUUCAGUGUAUUUUCCACGAGAAACUAAUGCAAAGCGGCUUCUAUUACAUAUCGGUAGAGGAAGACGCUAAAUACCUGGCCGUAAAGAAGGGGAGAGUCCAAAAAAUUAAGAAAAAUGGCGAGAUAAAAGAACCCAGAGAACCAUUAAGGCAGUUUAUUAUCAUGGAUAAAGAUGAAAUUUCGAAAGUGAGCAGUAAAAAUGGGAAAUGCCGCGCGCACGUCAAGACUGAAGAAGCGGUUCCCUUGAAAUGAAAUGAAAACUGCAAUACACAAACAUGACUUUUGUGUCCGUGAUGGGUCAAAAGGUCGGACUUCAUGCCUUCUGGUUAACGCGUAUGGCUGCUGCUGUUGCUGCUGCAGCGUCCAACCAGAGGCGAAGCGUGCGGAUGGUCUGCGUAAGUGAAAUUCAGCAAAGCAAACGCUACGUUUCCAAUGGCCGUGAGUGUGCAUGAGAAUUUAAAAUUCUGGUCUACAACGCCGCUUCUUUAGUUCUUCAGUCCUCACCCUUUCUCUUUCACUUUACGCCCGCCCGCCUACCCGCCAGCGUCCACACCCGACCCUGAGGAACAUGGGGCUGAGGUACCGCCGAGCGUCUGAACUGAAGACCUCGUCAUAAGAGAUCUGAAAAUAGAUGUUUUUGUUUUCAACUGUAUAUGCUAGUCCUUACACCUAUUCUGUAAAUACUGAUUUUCAUAGGAUUUCACGAGCUGUAACAUUUUUUUUAUAAAGAUUUCCAAGCGCUUGACAUUAUACAUUUUAUACAAUAAUCAUCCUUUUAUAUAACAAAUCUAAUGAUUUCUCCUUGUUCAGAAGCAGGACCAUGCCAAAGCGUUUAGCAGUAGCCGUCCGUCCCUGUAAUCGAUGGUGUCUUUCGGAUAACCCAAGAAAAUAACUUUACAGUCGUUUUUUUUCGAUUCUGUAAUACCGCCAAAGUGAACAUAACACAAACGUUUAUUAGCCAAAAGUCCUUCAAAGCCACCGCUACUGAUGUGAGGUCUUCUUAUGAAGAAACCACGCCAAGAGAGCGAGCCAGAUGGCUGACCACUGACUGACCUACAGCCAAUUGGACAGUUUUCUACCAUCGUCAGCAGGGGCGUAUCCCUUGGCCAAAUCACUUUACCGAAAACCCCCGUUCCCACUUCUUACAGCAUCCGUACCCCCCUCCCCCCACAUAGCAAGUCCCGCGUCACUGCCACAGAGUGAGUUCAGGCAGGACAAUAGGCUGGGGCAGUAAUGGCUCCGUAACUGGUAAUUAAAUUCACUAAUUGGUAGUUGGGCGAGCCAUGUGGAUGGGUGAGAGAGGUGUUAAGUGACGGGAGGAGCGCACAAGCUGCCUCCGUCCCCCAUCCCUUCCCUUCCAGCCGUUUUCCAUCCAGACCACCAGGAAGAGGAAGAAAAACACCCGAAAUUCGUUUGCUUCGACGGCAUGUCUCUUCACUUUCCAAGGAUUUUGUGUUCUGUCCGUCUUGUGCAGUGUGGCCACAGUUUGAUUUAGCGGUGGAAAAUGCAAUCAAUAUACUUAAUCGGCAGCAGAAACGAAUGACGAAUGAGAGAAAACUGGAAGAAAAAUGAUCAGUAUAAAAUUAAAAUUGGUAGAAAAAUGUUCAUAGUUACCUUGAGCUUUUUGUAUUCAUUGAUAUCUUUAAACAGCCCAUUCAUAAUUCAAAACAAGUGAUUUUAUAAAAUAAAUUAUACAAAACAAUUCGUUUUCAGAAAACUAACGACAUUCACCAUUGUGAGCUAUUUUUAGAUACUGUUUCUUUUGCGUUAAGAAAAUUAAUAAUCUUCAAAUCCGUUCAAAGGAAAUUUCAAACCGUAUAUUUGGUGAUCAUAUGUGAAAAAAAUCAAGAAAAAUUGAAUUUGCUAAGAGGACACUGCUAUACAUUUUACAGAAUCUCAUUUGACAUGUAAGAAUGGUUCAGAACCUAAGCCUAUUCUUUCAAACGUUUUCUGUAUGAGGAAGUACUGCUAACACGUCGGAUAACUUUCGUGCUAGGCUUCCAAGCCAAAGUUCUUGAAGGAACUGAAUCUGCAAAGAUCAAGGUAAGGCCACUAUUGACGCUGCCUAACUGGGGGCAGAGGUGCACCCGAGCAGAUCCCUUCCCCAAUAGAAGACAUCUCAUUCUAGGUAGAAUGCAACUUUGUUUACACGAUAAAUUGGGAGGUUGUGUCGAAUGUCAAGAGAGUGGAUCAUCCUCAUCGUAGAAGUGACUGUUAGAAUUAGAUUAUAUACUUGUGAAUGAUAUGAAAUAAUCGAUCAAAAUGAUGUAAUUGUUUUAUUCUGUUUAUGGAGGCUAACAGAGUAACCAAUCUAUAUAAUAAUUAGGCAGAUGAAUAUUUUUACAUGUACCGUAGGCAUCAGAUUUUCUGAAAAAACCCUAUUAUGUAAAGGCAUUAUUCACAGUUCUCUCUAGCGUGAGAAACUGCAGAAUAACCCAAACUAUAUAUACAUAUACAUAUAUUAUAUAUUUUUGUACCGUUUACAGUUUAGUUACUCAAAGAAAGUAUCAUCUAAGGUUUUUGUAAAUCAUCUUCGCUAUUCAAUGCAGACAAGAUAAAUGUAAAUGUCAUUUGCAGAGACCAAGUCAAUACUUUGAUCUCAUUUUUUGGCCCAAAACUAAGGCGGGAUAAUACCCUUGGUUUCUUAGCUUUUCACAGGGCCGGGCAUCAUUGGGCGUAUCCCUUCAGGGCUGUUUCUGAUCAAACCCAAUUGCACUCGGUCUCUGCGAAAGACAUCAUGACGUUUGCUCUUCACAUACAGGCCAGUCCAGAAAUGUCUUUAAAGCGAGUUUGUGAGUUCAGUUGGUGAAGGAAAGCAUCACCAAGGACGAACUAGAGUUUAAGUAGAUUCAGGGUUGGAUUAAAAGGCAAGAUAUCAUCUACAUGUGUUUUCUCUUUUCAGACUUUUUACUUGCAGCGGAUACAAUGAGUAAGCUGAUGCUUGAUACUCUUAGCAUUUCAUUUAAUUUUCUACCCACAUUUCUCAGAGCCAACUCUAACGCAUUUCAAAAUAGGAGUAACUAAUUUCAAAGAUUUUUUUUUUAUUUCAAAACAAAAUUUUCAUCCUUUACAUAUUCGAUUUCGUAGGAGAGAGAGAGAGAGAGAGAGAGAGAGAGAGAGAGAGAGAGAGAGAGAGAGAGAGAGAGAGAGAGAGAGAGGUAUCUAUCACUUUCAAAGUCCGGGUGAUUAUUUUACAAUCUAGGAGUUUAACCUGACAGGUACAAGCUGAAAUAUACGACUGGGGCCACAGUUUGGAGUUCUAAGACCUUGGAAGGGUUUAUGUACGGGGCACCAGAAACCCGGAAUAACACGACAUUGAAAAGACUGAUUCACAUGAGUUUACCAAUAAGACUUGGUACUUUAAGGUGGCAGGGUAGUGGGGAGACAAGCGACCUGGGCUGUCUGGUCAGGUAUUGGACAACACAUACCCAUACGGCCUCCUACAGAAGGGGCAAGAAUAGGACCCAUUACUCCGGUAGAAUUGACACCUUUAGUUAGAAAUUAUUGGUUGGGGUUUCAGAGUUGGAAAUUGAUGGAUUCGAAAAAGCCCUCUGUGUCGACUUCUGCCGACAAUCGCUUUUUGGUCAAAGGGCUUUGACCAUUUGGUGAUUAGGGGUCAUUCGUAUGGAGUAAAUACCCUCCCAGCUUACCGAAAAAUUGGUCCUUUUUAACUCGCCAAGCCGCCUGCCCUUUUGAGAAUACACGUCAUUGUCCCACUGCCAUUUUGAGGUCACAUGGAUCAUAUUUCAUUUUUCCGUAUAUUUUCAUCAUAUAUAAGUUGUGGGUUAUGGUUACAAUUUAAAAACAUUGCUGCUCAGCGACCACAAACACACACACGCGCAUACAGGAACUGCAAGAUUAAGAUAUUUGCCCCGCCCCCAUUUUUUUACUCUAAAUUAUAUUCAAUUAUAUAUCAUUUCUCUUUUUACUGAAUUCAGUGCCCUCCUAACAACAAAACGGCGCCUGGCGAAAAGGAAGAUGGUAUCAGACCAUAAACCACAUGUUAUACACCACACGGUUCGUGCUUAUCAAACCAUAAGUACUAUUUACAACAUCAACUCAUGAAUUAAGUGGCCCUUGAACAUCCUCGAAACAAGUUCAGUUUCAUCCAUGGAAUCCAGAAGGAUUCAUAUAUUAGUUUUAUAUAAUACGAUUUCUCUCUCAUUCUCUCUGUUGCGGAAUCACCUAAAUUCAUCAUCAGUUGAUGGUUUGAAUGGUAAAAGGAAAAGAAGAUAAAAAGGUAAAAAAAACUUUUCCAUCGUUUUCGAUCCACAUCAAGAUCAGUGGAAACAAGUCUCCACUGAUGCCUCUUCAACACGUUUUAGCCUUCUUACAUUUCAUUCCCGUAAUUUUGUAAACCCAACCAAAAGAAUGUGAAAAAGUGUCGUAAUCUGUGCCAUUUAAUUAUAUUUGACAAUGAGAGAUAUCAGGCCUUUACCAUGUAAAACCGCACAUUCCUUUUUUAAUCAAUAUUGUAAAUACUGUAUAUAUGUAUAUGAUAUUUAUUUAAUUAAAUGCAGAAAUUAAAA